GCCCGACCGUGGAAGUCGAUCCGCGCACGAAGCAGAUCCGCGUUGUGGACGCUCUGCUCCUGUCCUCGAUGCGCGGCGCGCACAGCGCCUCGAGCGCGCAGACCCCGGCUUCCCUGUCCAACACGGUGCCCGGAUUGGCUGUUUGUGCUCAGGAUGCUGGUGUUGAUCAUCCCGUUGUCACGGUGGUCGAAAAGGACGGGACGCCCUCGAAGUUUCUUGCCCCGGCAGGAGGUGGUCACGAGAAGCAGCACUCGAACUAUGCGAGCACCGUGGACGCCGGCGCCACGACUUUGGAGUCGACCGCCAACGACGCAGGAACAUUUUCUGGGGUGGAGCCGGUGGCUGAGCAGGGGUUUUCACCCGUCGCGGCAGAUGCUCAAGUUGUAAAGGCGGGAGAUGAGCGAGAUGAGCCAAAGUGCC